UCUCUCUCUCUCUCUCUCUCUCUCUCUCUCUCUCUGCGGUACUUUCUCUAAAGGUCGCUGCAGGGGUGGUGAGUGGGCGGCCGGGCGGCCGGCGUUGCCUCUCCCGCCAGAUCCUCUGCGCAGUUGGCAUCUUCUGGUCCAGGAGCCGAGAAAAAGCGGACGCCUCGGCGAAUCGCGGGGCUGCCCGGGACUUCUGGCGAGCUCUCCUUGGAAAACACAAUGAUACGAUGAGGUGGAAGGCUGGGCUGGGAAAGUCAUCCUUUGCAUCAGUUCGGACACAGCAGUGACGAAGCCACCAGCCUGUGGUGUGUCCCCUUGCCAUGGCUAAGAGCGCAGAGGUAAAACUGGCCAUCUUUGGCCGAGCUGGAGUAGGAAAGUCAGCUCUCGUUGUACGUUUUCUGACCAAACGGUUCAUAUGGGAGUAUGACCCCACUCUUGAGUCCACUUAUCGUCAUCAAGCCACCAUUGAUGAUGAAGUUGUUUCCAUGGAAAUACUGGAUACAGCUGGGCAGGAGGAUGUUAUUCAGAAGGAAGGGCACGUACGAUGGGGUGAAGGAUUUGUGCUGGUGUAUGACAUCACAGAUAGAGGCAGCUUUGAAGAAGUCCUUCCCCUAAAGAACUUGUUGGAUGAAGUCAAAAAACCCAAGAACGUUACUUUGAUUCUAGUGGGGAACAAAGCAGACUUGGAUCACUCCAGGCAGGUCAGCACUGAGGAAGGGGAAAAGCUGGCCACCGAACUAGCUUGCGCCUUUUACGAAUGCUCUGCAUGUACAGGAGAAGGCAACAUUAUGGAAGCUUUUUAUGAGCUUUGCCGGGAAGUGCGACGCCGGAAAAUGGUUCAAGGCAAGACUCGGAGGCGAAGUUCCACUACUCAUGUGAAGCAAGCAAUUAACAAGAUGCUUACCAAAAUCAGCAGCUAAAAUAUCUUCUUUUUCCCAUUCAAAAGAAGUGCAUUUUGCAAGAAGAAAGGACGGAAGGCUUAACUGUGUUUGUCAAUAGGAUGGUCAAAGCUUUGCAUUUAUUAUUACUAUUAUUAUACAAUCACCUCAUUAUUCUUGAAGUUAAGGGAUGCAAAAAAAAGAAGUUUCAGGAAUGGUAAUACAUGCUCUACUACUCCAGUUUUGUUGAUCACCAAAUCAUAUCUUCAAAAAAAAUGUUGAAGAUGUGUCAGAAUGGGUUCAGGAAUUUACCCAUCACUGCUGGUUUUGCAUGCUCACAUGUGGCUAAUACAUGGUGGCUUAUCAUUGUCUAAGGGGAGACUAUCAAAGCUUUAUAGGGUGCAGUAGUUGACUAACUGGUAAGUGCACCACAACAUUCACUUCAUAAUCCCUGGACAUGAGACAUCCAAAGAAAAUGAACAUUGCCACACAACUUCAUCUAGUUCAAGCAUCCAAGCAAGAGAAAAAACAUGUUAAUGAUGGCUGUGUGAAUUGGUGAAUUUCAGUUUCACUUAAUUUUGCCUUUUUUAAACCUUACAUUCAUUUCCUUCUACACCUGCAUUAAUUUGCAAUUUUAAAGAAAAAUGCAUAAAUUUCAGUCACAUUUUUGGAGAAACUUUCCUCAAUAGAUAUAAUUUUAGAUGGCACUUAUAACAAUUUCUGUGCAAGCGAUUUUUUCCCAAUGUUAUUUUUUUUUAAAAGUCAUCUGAUAUUAUAAAUACUUGAUAUGUAUUUUUAAGUUGAAACCUAUAGUAUAUUUGUAAGAAUGGAUUUGGGGAAGCGUGAAUUUUACAACUGCCAUCACUAUUUAGAGCACUGGUAAAAAAAAAUGAACAUAAGUCCCAAUGAAGGCAAUAUUCUUUUGAUAGGCCUAUCUUCUAAUUCUGAACACGUUUUUUUUAAAAAAAACCUAAAAUGUAAAAUAUAUGUAUGAAAAUGAAAUAAUGCUUUACCUAGCAACUUUUCUCCAAUAGGAAAAUGCAACCAACUGGGGUUUUUUAAACAGUUGUGUACACUUUAUGAUUCUUCAUACUAAGCAAAGAUCCUGGCUGAGUUCACAAGGCACGCAUACCCUUGGUUAACUUAACUGUGAUUUCACUAAUUUCUAGAACUUGAAAGGGGCCAUUGAUUUCAUUGGGCCAAUUUUACCCUACCCAAAUGAAAGUAUGAUGGUUUAUGUUCUGCUUGAACACAUUGGAAAAAGAUCUCAUUGUCGCUGUGGACUAUAAACUUAAUUUGAUUUAUUAAUCCAGUUUUCUGGGGUUGCUUGAUGUUGAACCACAAACUAUACUGCCCCAGAAUUGCUAGCCUAACAUCUACUCAAGUAGAUCACAGUGCAGUAUGCUAUGCACAUUCAACACAUUCUAAGUGAAUUCUAGGCAAGGUACAAAAUCUGUUUCAUAGAAUUGUUUUUGCAUUGCCUCUUCAAAUCUUUCUUUGCCCAUAAAAAUCCAUUGGUUGCUCUUUAGCUGUUCUUUUCCCCCUGCCUCAUUCCAAUGAAUCUUGCCAGGUUGUUGUAAGCUUGCAAGAGGUAACUGAUUGGAAAGAAAUUUUGAAGGAUUGUGGAAGAAAAGUGACUGCUUUUAAUAGUCUGUUUCUUAUGUUCAGAUCUCCUUGUAUGCUGCAGCAAAAGGGAAAUAUUUCUAUCUCUCCUUUUGCCUGAUUUGCUAAUUCUUGUGUUUUUAAAUGAUGUGACAUGAGGGUACUGUAAUGUAAUAGAAAAAUAUGACAGUCGCCGAUGCUUUUUGGAGGGGGGUGGAGGUACAGACAGUACCAGAUGAGUGACAUUUGAACCAAUACAAUCCAUUACCUUUCAUGAUUAGGCAUCACAAGAAUGGUGGCAGGCAGCCAAAUGGGAAAUGACUUGGAACCCCUGUUAUCUUUCAUUUGUGCUGUAAUGAUUAUUCUCCAUGUUAUUUUUCUUUUAUUGGUUUGGGGGAUGAGGGCUAUUGAGCAAGCAUUCGUUUCUUGAACGUCUUUGCAUUGAUGGGAAGGGAAACCUAGGCUUUCCUCACAGAAAGAUGUGAAGGCUUUGAGGCUGACUUGGCUUUUAAUGGCUUAAGCUUUGAACAUUGCAUCUUUAAGGGAAAACAUUUGUAAACUAGAGGGGCUUGAAUAGAACCAAAGUUCUUGGGCAUUUGA